AUGGCGGAAGUUUCGGGCGAUCCGCGAGCCGUCGAAAACUUGAAAUCCUAUCUGGACGUGAUCAAGGAGUCCUAUGCUGCAAAUCCGUGGAAGGCGCGGCUGCUGCUUGUGUUGACUGCGGAUGACUCAGACCCUCAAUUUAAUGCUUUGGAAGAAGGACUCAGAGCGAGAGCAGCAGAGAACUCGGCAAAGGCCAUAAGUGGCAUUGGGCUGUACAUGGCGAACUUUGCGAUUUUGCUGCUGGAAGGCCUCACGUCGGGCGUAAUGAACUGCAUGCGCUGGCUCGACACUUUGUGUCAGUCUCAGAAAGUGAAGCAAGGAUUGGUUUUGUUCUUUUCAGAUUGCCGCACUUACAGGCUAAUGCCAACUUACUGGUCUUUGCGUCCCAAAGAGUUCUUGGAAAUGAAAUUCGAAGAAGGCGAAAAUGAAAUGACGGAAGAAGAAGUUGCCAAGCAGGUGAUGUCUCUUUACGAAAAGAUGAUUUACUUCACCCACGAACUCAAAGCCACGCAACCGGAGGCCGACGUCCGUCUAAGUCCUAGGCUCGAGCCCGCCGGGCUGCUGGCCAAGGAGUUCGCGCGCUUUGCCCCGGACCCUCGAGCAGUUCAAAACCUUUUGAGUUCUCCCAAAACUUUCUCGCUGCUCUUUUCCGUCCCAGAGUUCUGCGAAAACCUCCUGGGGGACUUCUACGCCACUCUGCCUCGAGACCGGGCCUUUUGA